AUGGGUCGGGCACGAUUGGGCCAGAAGGCGGAACUUUAUCUUACCUUAAUCGAUGAUUUGACAGAGUCCAGGACGCAUGGUAUUUCCGGGCGGGAGGUGAUUCGUACGUUAAUAAAUCAGGUAAAGCAGUUAACAAUGGACUUGGCAGAGACGUGUGGGCGCUCAGGGCACGUCCAGGGGCAGUGCCGUCAGUCACAACGUGAGAACUGUCGUGUGGUUGGGCACCACGGGAAGAACUGUACAAGCAAGGGGCGGAAUGGACGGGGGCGAAAUGUUCAAGCGUUAAAAGCAAACGGGAACCCCAUUCAAUAUCAAUGCUGCAGAACGUAUGUGGAGGCGGAAAGUGGCGUUGUGGGAGUGAAACCAGACAGCCUGUGCAAACUGUAUGAGAUGGAUGAGAACCACGAGCGACGCAUGUGGCUUGACAAACUGCUGCAGUUCAUGGAGGAGCGUGGAACACCUAUCUCAGCAUGUCCCACCAUCUCCAAGAAUCCUCUCGAUCUCUAUCGGUUGUAUGCUUACGUCAAGGAAAGAGGGGGCUUCAUGGAGGUCACAAAAAACAAAACCUGGAAAGACAUUGCAGGGCUUUUAGGCAUCGGAGCAUCCUCAAGUGCUGCAUAUACACUUCGGAAGCAUUACACGAAAAACCUUUUGGCCUUCGAAUGUCACUUUGACCGUGGAGGUAUAGACCCACAACCAAUUAUAAAUCAAGUGGAAUCUACUUCGAAGAAGAAGAUGACCAAGACAUCAUCAGUUCCAUCUCCAGGCUCAUCAAAUUCACAGGAUUCAUUUCCAGCAGCUGGUUCAAGUGGAGAAAAUAUUUUGAUAUUACAGUUAAGAGACUAUUUCCCAUAUCUUCUGAGGAGUCCAUAUCAAAAUACUAUGUCACAUGUAGAUAUCUGCUUCAGAUUGCUGGAUAAAUAUUUCUCCCCUGCUGAGGUAGACCAGCAAGUUCUGGCAGGAAUUGUUGCUUUUAUAUUUGUUAUUUUAGGAAUUCAGCAAGGCUAUCAAGGCCAGUCCGGGUACUCUCAGUAUCCGGAUCAGUAUCCCCAUAGUCGUGGACAACCAACGAAUAUGGGGCAGGAAUUCAAUCAGCAGUACUCUCCCAGCAGCUCAUAUCCACCUGCUCGGCCUAUGUAUCCUCCCUACGCUUCUGAGACUGAAAGGUUGGCUUCGAGUUCCUCAAAUAAUAGAAAAGAGAAGUACCACAGAUCUCUGAAAGGUAAACAUCCCUUAGUUGGAAACAACGAACCAGAGUGGUUCUUCCUGGAAAAUGUUUAUGUUUGGAGAAAGAAACUGCAGGGGAAUGAAAAAUGUGAACUCCACCACAACACAUUUAAGCUGUGUUGCUCUAAUGCUACUAAAUUCCAGUACGCACAGAGGAAAAUGAAAGGAUCACAUACGAGAUACUAUAUAGAAUAUGUGCAAAAGUAUACUGAAUGGAAACGUAUGAUUGAUAUGGAACUUUGUCUCAGAAUAAGGAUAUUAUCAGGGGGCCUUCAUUUGAUAGACAGAAUUGUAAAAUUUUUGGGAUUAAAAUACAUAAAGUGUGUUGAUAAGGCUUACAAUCCAAAGACGAAUCCAAUGUUGGAUCAAAAAUUUUUUAAUGUUAAACUCUUGCCUUUGUUUUUGCCUCUGAGCAGUAAUCUUGAUAGGUGUAUCUCAGAACAGGGAGCCACUGUAAAGUACAGGCAAACUAGGAAAACAGUCAGUGCCAUUUUGAUGAUGAUUUGUGAAAAUGAUGAAAUUGUCUGGUAUUUUGAGUCUGUAACAUACCAAGUUCAGAUAGCAGACAUAAUUUCAGUGGGACAGUUAUUCUGUUUGCUGAUCAACCCUGUGUUCACUAUGUUGUUUGUGACACCUUUUAGUUACAGAUUAUCAUGCCUGCAACCUUCGACCUUGCUCAAAGAACUUCUUGCAAUUUCUGCCAUCUCUCUCAUGUGUCUGUUAACAAACAUUUUAAAUCAUUUUGUGGAUGUUAUAUUUAUGAUUUUAGCAUCUAGAGAGCUCCACAACUCAGACAACAUACCACAAGAAAGUGUCUCUCCAUGGGGAUUUACACCUCUGUUGUCUGAUUACUUUGUUACACUCUAUAAAAUCAAGAUAAAAAGUACUAGCAGCACUGAUCAUAAAAAGUCCCGUUUUACAUACAACAGGCGUUUCCUUCCGCUUGGAAUUAUUUCAGCUCUUUUUCGGUUUUUGUUUGAUAGUGCUUUGCAGAAACUUGCUGUUUACCGUACAAGUAACAACUGGUGUUACAUCUUUAUUUGUACAGAAACAUUGAAGCUGCUGGCACAAUAUAAAAGGAAGAACAUACAGAGUGAAUGUGAAUGUGUAAAGUUUCACCUGCAACUGAUGAUAUCUGUAUCUUAUCACAUGAUAAUUAAAACACAAAACAGUGUCAAGGUUUUUCUCCUUUUUAUGAGUUAUGGACAAGGUAGAGGGACGCAGCAGUCGGCUGGUGGUCAAGAUUCCUUUGGACACAACCGGUACGGGGGGCCCAGCCAGCCACCUGGCUAUCCUUCACGUACUGGCUAUCCUGCUCCACCUAUGGGACCACCAGCACAGCAACCCACAGGGUAUCCACCACAGCAAGACUAUUACUGUCAAGAUCCGCCUGUAUUGCAGUUACUGAAAAUUUUUAACUUCCAAACAGUCUUACCGCAAGUUCAACAGCCCACAAUUUUUCAGAUCUCUAAAAGGUUUACUGCAAUAUACUGCACAGUGCAUAACAAUAUAGUACAGCUGCUUCCCUUUGAAGUUCACUCAUUUGAGAUUUUCCAGCCCCUUUCAGAUGUAAUGGUAAUACUGGCAGGUUUCUUUAACAUUUUACGGAACAAAGUUGAAUGGUACAAAGAGAGCAAAUCAAAAGAAGGUUGUAGAGGAGCAGUGAUGAUGUCUACCAAAAUGCUGACUUUGCCUGUGGCAUUCCAAAACUCUGAGCACACCCAUUACUUAUUCAAGACUCUUACAAAUAAAUUGUCGGAUGGACUGUUGGCAGAAGAUUUUAAAAUUGGAGAGAAAAUAAGACAUAAGCUCUUUGAAAGUCACACAUUUACAUUAUCAUUACAGAUGAGAGAAGCAAAAAUGUUUACAUUUACAGUUAUUAGGACUUCAUGUCUCUUUGUAAUAUCAGCUAUCAAACUAUUCCCUUUGUCAGAUGCAGGCAACAAAUUCUCCUCCUCCCCAUCCCCCACAGACACACACACACACACUGCCACUGCCCCCUCUGGGCAUUCACUGAUAGUUUUCCGUUAUUUGAAUAAACAGUGUAAUGUACUCUGCCUUAAGGAGGACAAUAUGCCUGCAACACUUCCACCCUCGAGAUUAAUAAUACAGUAUUCUCAGUUGAAACCAACAAUAUUAUUAUCUAGUAGAUAUGAGAUCACAUUCUCACUGAUACAAAAAUGUUAUGAUUCUGAUGUACUGUUUCUAAUAAGGGGAAAGUGUGAAAAUGUACAGCACAAUUGCAGGUCAUUACCAGGAAUAAUUAGUGCAGUUAACAGCAAGGAGCUUGUGAACAUUACAACUGAAAGUAAAUACUGCCAACAGGUAUAUUCUGGUCAACAAGCAGCUACUGCAACUGGCCCAGGUGGUCAGAUGUAUCCUGGAAGCCCUCAUAGUAAAUCAAUGCCACCUCCAGCUCCACAGACCCCUAGAAGGCAUCCAGAUUUUGCAAAAGACCCACAGCAGUCUCCCUAUCCACCAUAUAGUCAACAAAGGCCUUCUAUAUACGGCUGGAGUAGUGGUAACACUCAGUAUCGGGCACAGUACCCUCCACAAGGACCUGUUCCACAAGGGCCUCCACAGUGGAACCAAAAUGCUCAACGAGCUGGUGGUCCUGAGCCUGGUCAGCCAGCUAACAGCCAGUGGGACCAGCACCGCUACCAAGCUAGUGGACAGUCACCGUAUCAGCCUCCACAACAGGCACAGAAGCAGUGGGUUCCAAGUAUGCAGACUCCUGGUAUUAAUCAAAACUCACUCCUAAGGCCACCGAUGGUUAGCCCACGUGCUCCAUUCCGACCGGAAGGAAAGCCAUAUUCGAUGCAGCAACUACCGGGUUCAAAGGCGCAGCCACCUGGGAUGAAUAAUGCGCAGGUCUACCAACAACAGAGUGCCCCAAAGCGAGAGAUCGUUUUCCCUCCAGAAAGUGUGGAAGCAAUAUUGCCUGUUUUGUAUAAACGCAAGCGAAUGACACGAGGGGAUGUAGCACCUGUAGAAGCAUGGAGGCUUAUGAUGAGUCUGCGCUCUGGCCUACUGGCAGAGAGUGCUUGGGCUCUGGAUAUUCUCAACAUCCUUUUGUUUGAUGAUAGCACAGUUGCAUAUUUUGGACUAGCCCACAUGCCAGGACUACUUGAUGUGCUGUUGGAGCAUUUCAGACGCAGUUUAGCUGACAUGUUUGACUCGCCUCUUCCAGAUUCUGGGAAGAAAUGGUUCCAGGCACCAAAGGUGGAAACACCGGAAGUGGACCUAGGGCAAGUUAGAGUGCCAGUUGAUCCUGCAGAUCACAUCACAUUAAUGAAAUCGACACCAAAUUAUACUCUUGUGACUAGAAACGGUGAGGUAGUUCGAAUUGUGAACAGAGAUAAUGAGAUUUUUGUUGUGGAUAAUCGGAAGAGCUGGGACAUUGAAGGUGACUUGGCAGAAAACUAUGAUGUGGUUCAAGACCCGUGGCAGUUGACCUCUUCAGACAUCAGUUCGACGAAGUACAUUGUGUCAUGUUUCCAAGGAGAGUUCGGUAAUGUUCCAUUUGCGAGACUGCUCGAUGACAGUAAAACUGUAGGUGCCGAAGAGGAAGAAGAUUGUCGGACAAAAGUAAGUGAAGAAGAAUCGUAUCCCAUUGAAAACUUGAGUGUAACUCCUCCUAUAGUGCUAAAAGUGGAAUGUAGUGAUGACAACGGUGUUAUUGAUAGUUCGAGCAGUGCAUCUAAUGUGAUACUUAAUGAGGAACAUUUGAUUAAAGACAGCUCCUUCGUUGAUGUGCAGGAUAGUGAUGAAGUGAAACGGACUAAAACUAUUUUGAGUGAUGUGUUUUCGCGGAUAAAAACGGAAAAUACGGAAGAAAAUUCAUUGCUGCCUGAACACUGUGUAGACCCCUUAGAGCCUCCUAAAGAAACUGUAGAAGUGAAAAAGGAAGCAAACUGUGUCGAAAGUGAGAGCAGUAGUAAUUAUGAAAGGGAGUUGCCGCAUUCUCCAAAUGUACCAAAGGAUAUUGAAACAAAGAGUGAUAAUGCUGUAUCAGAAACUAGUGACACAAAUAAUUUUAGCAGCAGUAACAUAAAAACAGAACAUACAAACAAUGACAAUAGUUCUAAUAGCAAUGAGAGUAGUAUAUUCAACAUAAGCAAAGGUGAUAACUGUAACAGCACAACACCGAAUGAAUCCAGUUGCAAUUAUAAGAUCAAAGAAGGUGUUGAAAGUGAAAUUAUUGCCAGUGAAGAAAACAGUGAAGGUAAUGAAAGUGCUGGAAAUGCUGUUGGAGGAACUAGCCUUAACAAUUGCGAAUGUUUAGAAAGCAAUGAAAGUAGUAAUGGCAACAACAGUUGUGACGAAACUGUAAAAGAACACGAAGAAAUGGAAACAGAAAUGGAACAAGAUGUGUUCCUCGAAGGUUCUGAACAUGAAGGAAAAGACAUAAACAUGGAAGAUGACUAUGGUGACGAAGCUGAAGAAAAGUCAAAAGUAACAGAUGUGAGACCAGAGAUAAAGGGAGAAAACAGGGGCGGCAUACAAAUAAGGGAUCCUGCGGGAACGUUGAAAAGAAGACGUAUGUCAGAUUAUGAAGACGAAUGUUACGCGAGAGAUGAAGCGAGCCUUUACCUUGUUACUGAUACACAGGAUGCAAAGGCAAGGCGUUGUGUUUGUCUUUCAACUAUUUUGAGGAAUCUGACAUUUGUCCCGGGCAAUGAAGCAGAGUUUGCCAAAAAUGUUACAUUCCUUGAUUUGUUGGGGAAGCUUUUACUCUUACACCACGAACAUCCUCCUCGUGCACAGAAACAGCGCAAUUAUGACCGUGAAGAAGAUGCUGACUUUGCAGAUUCUUGUAGCAGUUUACAAGGUGAGGCGGAAUGGUGGUGGGACUUCUUGCACCAUGUGCGCGAAAAUGUGUUGGUGACAGCGGCUAAUAUUGCCGGUCAUAUGGACCUCGGUCAACAUCCUGAGGAAGUGUCGCGGCCCGUAAUUGAUGGACUUCUUCACUGGGCAGUUUGUCCAGCUGCUCAUGGUCAGGACCCAUUUCCCGGAUCUUCAGGCUCGUUGUCACCCCAGCGCCUCGCACUGGAAGCUCUGUGCAAAUUGUGCGUAACAGACUCUAAUGUAGAUCUGGUUGUAGCUACGCCACCCUACUCCCGUUUGGAACGUCUGUGUGCUGUGCUGACACGACUUCUGUGCUGGUCAAAAGAGCAAGUGCUACGAGAGUUUGCAGUGAAUAUGCUGCACUACCUGGCCGCUGCGGACAGUGGUGUGGCACGUACUGUUGCACUGCAGAGCCCGUGUGUGUCCUUGCUAGUAGCAUUCAUCGAGCAGGCGGAAGCUACUGCAUUAGGGGUAGCCUAUCAGCACGGUAUCGGUGCACUUAUAGACAAUCCAGAUGCUAUGGGAACCAGUCUGGAUAUGCUGAGGCGUGCGGCUGGUACAUUACUUCAUCUGGCACGACAUCCUGAAAACCGGCCGCUCUUCCUGCAGCAAGAACAACGUCUGUUAUCCCUCGUCAUGAGCCAGAUCCUCGAUCAGCAAGUGGCAGCUGUAAUCUCCAGUGUUCUUUUCCAGUGCUCAUGGCCCUCUUCGUAG